CAGUCCGCUUACCUUACGUUUUGUAUUUACUGAAGUAAAUUCAAGCGGCCGUUAGCAGCCGUUAUUAAACUCGAAAACGGUCGCCGUUAUUUUAUUUAUAAUCUGCCUCUUUCGCACUAAUGAAAUCAAAUAGGUGGUAUUACAAUAAAUAUGGUAUUACUAUGUUACAAAUAACUAAUAUAUUUGUCAUUUAAGCAUCAAGGCGGUUAUAAGGCGGUUUGUUUACUGAGGGCCUACCGCGAAACGCGAAAAUCGAUAUUUCGUUAUCUGCCUCUCGCAAGAGUGAUAGAGAGUCAGAUAACGAAAUUUGUAUUUUCGUUUUUCGCGGUAGGCCCUCUGUUUGUGCUGUUCGUCCCCUACCAAGUCCCCUACGCAGAGUUUUGCGUAAUAUUUCCUAUUGUAGAUCUGUGGUAAUUACUAUAGGUAUUUUGCCUUGACCGUUUUAAAUGCUGGUAGGUAAGAAGCCCGUACCUAGCUAACAUUCUUUCAAACCAUAAAACUGUGGACGUCUUUCUGACACACAGCCAUCAACCGUAAACAGAAAAUAUAGACUCCGAUACAAACAUUUCGAAAAUAAUAAAAAUUCUAGUGCUUUUGACCCUCAACUCUUUAUUUCUACACAAGGAGUAAUUAUGUCUAAAAGAAUUGAUAAUUAUGAUCAAUUGAGCGACCCUGACAACCCCCAAACGGUAAAGUUUGAAGACAUCCAAGCCGCCCUGUCACGAAUACGACCCUACGUACCUGUGACACCUGUUAUACCGUCGCAUCAAAGCAAGACGUUUACAAUGAAUAUUAUUUACAAGAUGGAAAGUGUCCUCCCAUCCGGAUGCUAUAAAGAGCGCGGGGCUGCAAACGCUCUUCUCAAAAUACCGAGGGACAAAAAGAAGACCGGCUUAGUGAUUGCGUCUCUAGGGAACCACGCCUAUUCGAUGUCCUACCACGCCGCACGCAUGAAUAUUCCAAUCACCGCGUUGUUUCCCGACUUUGUCCCCAUACAGAAGUUGCAGAAGAUCCACGCACUUGGCACUAAGGUGUUGGUGCGAGGGAGCCACAUCGUGGACACACACAAAUUAGCCCGGGCCAUGGCGAAGGAAAAAGGACUCGUAUUUAUCAACGGUCGCGACCACCCGGAUAUCCUAGCCGGACUCGGAACAAUUGCGCUGGAGAUCCUGGAGCAAGUGCCAAACGUGGACGCGGUGCUGGUGCCCGUCGGCACGGGCGGGCUCGUCGGCAGCGUGGGCACCGUCAUCAAGAGGCUCAAGCCCAACUGCCUUGUUUAUGGUGUGCAAUCAGAACUAAUGCCCGUGUUCGCCAAGGCCCUGGAAGCCGGAGAGCCGGUGACCAUUCCGGACGUGAACACUAUUGCAGACUGUCUGCAGGUGACCAGAGCUGGAGUCAAUGCCUUCCACAACGCUAAAUCUGUCAUAGACAAAAUGUUGCUUGUAAAAGAGGACUGGCUAGCACGUGCCAUACUAGCGCUGGUAGAGCAGGAACGCUUCGUGGUGGAGGGCGCUGGUGCAUGUCCGCUCGCUGCAAUCAUAGGACACAUGGUUCCUGAACUCAAGACGAAGACUGUCGUAUGCCUUGUCACCGGUGGAAAUAUAGACUGUAGUUUCCUAGCCCGAUGCAUGGAUAGGGGUCUAGCAGCAGAAGGCCGCCUCAUAAAAUUCAGAGUGAGGAUCAAAGACAGUUCGCCUGAAUUAGGCAAAUUGAUGAGGUUGAUUGCCGAUUUGGGAUUUAACGUCGUACGCCAUUUCCGCGAUGCUGUGUGGGUCGAGAAUGACGUGUAUCACGUAGAGAUGCGAAUAGUGUGUGAGGGAAGGAAUUUGGAACAUUCUCUGGAACUCAAGCGAGCGUUGGACAGAUCAUAUGCCGGAUUAACUACGUUCGACACUGAACCGUUUAACGAUAAAAGUAUGUGCCCGUGUUAUGUUGCCAAGAUCUGAUCAAGAAAGGUUGCCCAUGUUGUGGAUUCAGUUACUGCUCCAAAUGUUUAGAACACAAGAUAUUUUUACAGAAAAUUAAUUCUGAAGCCAAGGUCUGUGUAAAAUGCAAGCAAGCAGCCCAACAAUCAAAAGAGGCUAAGCCGAU